GUGGUGGUGCGUUCGCCGCCGGGAGCGUUGCGUUCCGCGGAGUCUCCGCGCCCGGCCCCUCCUCAUGGCCAAGCGGCGCGCGGAACCGCUGGUCUGUUACGCGCCCUUCAAGCGGCUCCUGCGGGAGCCGCCGCCGCCUCCCCGCAGCAACGUGCCCGAGCGCCGUCCGCGGAACGAGGCAGCGGGCGCCGGACCCGCCGCCAAGCGGAAGCUGGAGGAGGCCGAGGCGCCGCCGGGAAAGCGUCCCGGGCUGCGGGGCGGCAGUCCUCGCGGGGAGCAAAGCGAUGCGGCGGGCAGGCGGCGGAGGCGGGGCGAGCCCGCGGCGCCCCAGGACGAGCGGACGGCGGAAGGAAGCGACGGCAGGCGGGGCGAGGAACCGGCGGCCGCCCCGGUAACGCAAGAAGAAUUCAAUCAGUAUAACUCAUUCUUGUACUGGAGAGCACCAUUGCCUACAAUUGAUUUAUCUGAUAUUCAGAGCCUGCAUGGAGAGACUACAUCUGCCGAUAAAACUCCUUCAAGGACUGAUACCAUGGAGACUGAGAUGGAGACCUGAUCAGUUGGUUUAUAGUUGUACGUCUACUCGCAGGAAGCUUGUUUCUGUUUGGAUUCAGUUUUUCCUGCGUCGGAGAAAAAUCAACGUGCUUCUGUUUUUAUGAAGAAACAGUGUUAUAUCAAUCUGAAAAGGCAAGUCAGAGCUGUCAGGUUGGUGGAAUCAUCACUAUUAGAUACUGUUAGCUGGCUGGAGGUCUGAACUUACUGAUUAUGUGUGGAGGAGGCUUUGUCUAGCAUGAACACCUGAAUUCAUGGAAGCAGGGCAGAAGAAAAUGACAGAAAAUUAGUUAACUUCCAGAUGUAAUUGUAGGAAACAGUUGGAUAAGUUACACGUGGAAAGGAAAUGGAAAAUUAUUUAGCCUGUCCUGAAGAAAAGGUGUAACUGUUGUACCAGAAUAUGAAAUUCUUUAUCAUAAAGCACAGAAACUAGUAUUUUUAGUAGGGUUUUUUUCAGUGUAAUAGCUAAGCCAAAAAAAACAAAAAACAAAAAACAAACAAAAAAAAAAACCACCACGUAAGUCCACCAAAACCAGGCAAAACAUUCCCUUUUCUAUGCAAACCAAAAAUGAGUGUGUUGGGGAUGGGAAGGGAAAAGGGGAUCUAUUCUAUAAGCUGCCAGUGUUCUGAAUGAUUACAGUCUUCUUGUGAUCACUCAAAGCAGCUAGCUUUUACAUUUUUUUUUGUCUGUUCUUAAGUUAAUGAUUUUCUUAUUCUUUGUGAAAUUAAACUAGCUGGUAAUGUGGAAAUAGCAGCUGUGUGCAGGGUCAUGAAAGGUUAACGCAGUGUGAAUUGAGUACUUAGUUGACUGAGGUUUAGUUUUUUGCAGACGUUGUGGAUGUUGAAGAAACCUUUUUUUACAGAAGUUCAAUUAGUUAGUGGUUUUUUUUUUUUUUUUGCUAUGAAAUAUCAUUGUAAUGUGCUUUUUUGUAAUUUAUUUACAAGUUAAAAAUGCGAUUAGAAAUAUGUGUCUUCAGUAGUAGGUCGGAAUUUAAAGUUGUAUUGGCAGACUGUCAGACUUGCGAAUGUGACUUGUUUAUAGGUGAGUUUGUCAUUCAUAUUUUUGCCAGAAUCAUCUUAAAAUAAAGAAAAUUCUUUCUACUAA